UUUGUGUUUAGAACUGCAACAGUUCUUCGUGAAAUAUUGGUAACAUUACAGCACGAUGGAUAUACAUCGAAUUGAAAUGGUUUGGUUAGAAAUGAUCGACUCGAGUCCCGUCCAGAAGGUUCCUGUAGCAUGCAUGUGUGAUGACCUAUUUAACGGAAGCCUCACUAUUGCUGAAGGGAGUAUCCAGGACGUACCUCGGACGGAGGACCAGUGUAUCCCAUUUCCAGACAACAUCCACGAACAAAUUAAACAAGGUGUUGUUAGCAUCAGCACAAUGUUGACUCAAGCUAAGGAGGAAACCAUGGAUUUGUGUCUCGUGCGGAUAGGGUUCACGAUAGCCUGUUGUGUGUCCUCAAUCAUUUGCCUGAUGUGCAUUGCCAUUGAGCGAUUCGUCGCCAUCACAUACUCUUUGACGUACAGACAAAUUGUCACGGCCUGCAGGGUAUCCUUGGUCAUUUUCCUUUCCUGGCUUGUGGCUCUUGUGGUUGGGUUUGCCCCUUUGAUAGGUUGGAAGAUCAAAACGUAUCAUAACUACUGUUCUUUCUUGUAUGUUCUGCCAUCAGACUACAUAAAAUUUCUCUUUUCCUCAUGUGUUUUGUUACCAAUAUUGGUAACAUUUACAAUGUAUGGACUCAUCUACAAAUAUGCCAGACGGCACAUCAAAAGAAUUGAAGCCAUCGAAAAUCUACACUUGGAUCGAAGAAAUAAUCGGAUUUUGAGAUUUUCGCCAAGGAGCAUGAAAUCUCUUAAAACUUUGUCGGCAGUUUUUGGCUGUGUCCUUGUCACUUGGCUCCCGUUUUUGCUUGGCACGAUCGUGCAGGUGAUAUCUGGGAAUACGACCUGCUACCUGAAGGAUAUCGUUGGAACUCAUCUUCUGUUGUUGGGAUUCACGAACUCUUUUUUGAAUCCGUUGAUAUACGCAGUAGGCACGAAGGAUUUCAGAGACAAAGUCAGAGAUACGUUUGGUCGUCGGACAAGUUGUAACUCUCCAUAG